AUGAAAGAGAAGUACAAGGUCCAUGUCCAUUUGAAGAAAGUUACCAAGGCACUUCAUAAAGCCAAGGCCAGAAUUGAAGGAUGUGAAAAGGAGCAAUAUGCAAAGUUGAGAGACUACUUAGGAGAGCUUUUGAGAAGCAAUCCUGGCUCCACUUGUCAAAUGCAAGUCAUACCCCAACCUGACCCACAAGCCCCACCAAUAUUUUCCAAAUUGUAUAUAUGUCUUGAUGCAUGUAAUAGAGGGUUCAAAGCUGGUUGCAAGCCAUUAAUUGGUCUGGAUGGUUGUUUUUUAAAAGGAUAUUAUGGAGGACAGUUGUUGAGUGCAGUUGGUGAGGAUGCAAACAAGAGCUUCAAUGUCAUUGCUUAUGCAGUGGUGGAUAGUGAAACAAAAAAGAACUGGCAGUGGUUUUUGACUCUGUUACAAGAAGACAUUGGCAACCAUGGAGUCUAUGGUUGGAGCUUUAUUUCUGAUCAACAGAAGGGUUUGAUUCCAGCACUGAAAGAGGUCACGCCUGGUGCACAUCAUCAUUUUUGUGUGCAACAUGUAUGGAAAAAUUUUAUAAAACAGUGGAAAGAUAAGGCAAUCAGAGGCAUUGUUUGGGAGUGUGCAAGAUGCAACAUUAUUCCACAGUUCCAGAAAACAAUGCAACGUUUGAAAGGAAUAAAUGAGGUAGCAUGGAAGUAUUUGGAUAACAUUGAUCCCUCAAGUUGGGUAAAGGCAUAUUUCAGUCACUGGCCCAAAUGUGACGACAUAACAAACAACAUGGAAAAGAUAUGGAAUGCCAAGAUUGUUGGUUAUAGGUCCAAACCAAUAAUCAGUCUUUUAAAGGAAUUGAGGUGUUACAUUAUGAGGAGUAUGGCAGCACAUCAAAGGGUUCUAGGAACUAUUAGGGGUAAAAUAGCUCCUGCUCAACAGAAGAAGCUUGAUCAAAUAAAGGUACUCAGCAAUUCAUGGACACCAACUUGGACAGGGAAUCUGCACCAAUAUAUGUAUGAAGUCAGUGGCAAGGGUGAGAGAGUUGGAGUGAAUUUAACAACUCAAACUUGUGCAUCCAAUGCAUGGCAGUUGACUGGACUGCAAUUGGAUGCUUUGCAUGCCACUUAUGCACACACCUUGAACCCAGUAAAUUCAGACAAGUAUUGGCCUUCAUCUGAUGAACCCAAACCUCUUCCUCCAACACUGAAAAGGCCAAUUGGGCGUCCCAAGAAACACAGGAGGAAGGACCCAAGUGAAGAACAAGGAAACAGUAAAAAAAAAGUCGAAAGGACCUAUGUAGCCAAAUGUCCUAAAUGUGGUCAACAUGGACACUAUGCAAAAACAUGUAAGGGACAAGUAACUACCAACAAAGGGAAGAGACUAGCAAGACCAGAAAAUCUAAUCAAUGUAAGUAUUGGAUCAACCUCAGUAGAUGAAAUCCCAUUAAGUUAA